UGCUAUUGCUUAGUAACUGUGUACAAUUGUGGCUCUUACUUAAUACCAUUCACCAUACAAAAAAUGUUUGUUUUCAUUAUGGUGUCUAUUAAUCCACUAGAAAUGAGACAAAUAUGUAUUGUUCUUGUUACAAAUACAGUUGCAAAAUGGCUUCACCACAAAGGCUAGCAGCUAAAUUGUAUAAUAUAUCACCCCGUUUGCUAAAGAAUGUGGAAAAAAGACAAUUCUUAAGUCCAACAACUCCAGUUAGAAAUACUUAUAAACGAAAUAUCGAAAACAAGGAUCAAUUAUCUCCUUUUAAUCUUGAUACCCCUAAUAGGAGAAAGAUAUUACAAGAUGGUCUUCCCGCUAAACGUGGUACAGUACUCGGAAGCGGUGGGUUUGGUACUGUGUAUAAGGCGUUUUACAAAGGUGAUCAAGUAGCAGCUAAAAUGAUGCAGACAGAAAAGUGUUCCAGUGCCCUGAGCUCUGAAAAACAUGCCUCUUUUUUAAAACAUUCUAAUAUAGUAAAAGUAUUGAUGGUCGAACAAGGUGUUUCUUUAUCUUUAAUUGCAAUGGAAUUAUGUGGUCCUACUUUACAAGAUCGUUUAGACGAAACGGCAUUAACUAAAUUUGAAAGAGUUUCCAUAUUAAGAGAUGUGACUAGUGCACUACAAUUUUGUCACAAUGCUGGCAUUGUUCAUGCAGAUGUUAAGCCCAAGAACAUCUUAAUGUCUGCAGAUGGUUUAUCAAAACUUACUGACUUUGGUAGUUCUGUAUCAGUAGGAGAACCAAGUGAAAUUACAGAAUUUCAUGGUACACCAGGGUAUAGUGCUCCAGAAGUAUUAAAAGGAAAUACACCAACUCCUGCAGCAGAUAUUUAUUCUUUAGGUAUUGUAGCUUGGCAAAUGAUAUCUAGAAAACUACCAUUUGCUGGAUUACAUAGUCACACAAUUAUAUAUAUUUCUGCAAAGGGAAGCCGACCCAAAGAUGAUGACAGUGAUGAUGAAUUUAAUGGUGUGUAUAAAACACUAUACAGGAAAAUGUGGUCACAGAAUGCUAGUGACAGACCCACAACUAAUGAAAUAAUAAGUAAGAUCAAUACAAUGAUUGCUUAGCACUGUUUAUUUAAAUAAUAUCUUUUUCUCCCAUGUUUCUUAUCUUUAGUAUGUACGUUUAAAUUAAUGCUUAUAUUUUUAUUGUACAAAACAUAGCAAAUGUUUUAUUUUAUGUAUCAGGCAUUUCUCCACCAGGUACAAGCUGCAAUAAAAAACGAUUGAUGAUAGAAA